AUGGAUCUUGCGGGAGAUAUGGAAUCGGAGAAUGUAGUUCAGAUCCCUUCAGUCACUGAUAGAAAUAAUAACAGUGAUAAAGAUGACCAAAAUACUUUAAAAACAGCUGGACAGAUUAAACAGAUGUUGAGUACUGAAAGAGGUAUGAAAAGUGUACAGCCACCAAACUGGGAACCCUUAUCUCAUGAUGUAGUUUUCGAUAAGGAUGGAGUUCCUAUUCCUGAGAAUAUUAAAUUCCAUUUUGCACGAGAAGGUUUACUUAGUGUAGAAGAUGCGUUGGAAAUUGUUAUGCGGAGCGCAUCUAUUAUGAAAAAAGAACCAAAUGUUGUAGAACUACAAGGUUCUGUAGUUGUUUGUGGAGAUCUUCAUGGACAAUUUUAUGAUCUUCUUAAAAUCUUUGAACUUGGGGGUAAACCAGGGCAACAACAAUAUAUUUUUCUUGGCGACUAUGUAGACCGAGGUAAUUUUGGAAUGGAAAUUGUAUUACUUCUUUUUGCGUAUAAAAUACGUUAUCCAAAACGUUUUAUUAUUUUACGUGGUAAUCAUGAGUCAAGACACUUGACCUCUUAUUUUAAUUUUAAAACAGAAUCAGAGUAUAAGUACUCACUUGAUGUGUAUAAUGAAAUCAUGUUAGCCUUUGAUUGUUUACCUUUAGCGUGUAAGGUAAAUGAUAAAUUUUUCUGCGUUCAUGGUGGACUUUCUCCUGAGAUUGAAACCGUCUCUGAUAUUAAUCUCAUUCACCGAUUUCGUGAACCCCCAUCCUCUGGUCCCAUGUGUGAUCUUCUCUGGUCAGACCCAAUGACAGAGCAGGAAGAGACAACUGUAGCGCCAGGGACAAUGUUCGCCGCGAAUAGUGUUCGUGGUUGUUCCUAUACAUACACUCACAACGCCGCAUGUAAUUUUCUGGAAACUAAUGAUUUACUUGGUAUCAUUAGAGGACAUGAGGCGCAGAGUGAAGGUUAUCAUUUGUAUCGUACUACAUCUAAAGGAGUUCCAGCUGUAGUUUGUGUGUUCUCUGCACCUAAUUACUGUGAUACAUAUGAUAAUCGUGCAGCACUUAUUUCUUUAAAGGGAUGUGUAAUGAAUAUUCGACAAUAUAAUAGUAGUCCUCAUCCUUAUUAUUUACCAAACUUUAUCAAUGCUUUUACAUGGUCUUUUCCAUUUAUGGUGGAGAAAACACUGGAACUUUGGAAUGGGAUAAUUAUGACUGGUACUAGGAAUUCUGGUACAAUGGUACCAGCCAAUACUCUUAAUGACCGAAUUGAACAGGUACGAGAAAAAGUAUCUAAUAUGAGUGAGGCAAUGCAUUUAUUUCAUACAUUUCCCGAUGAAAAAAACUGA